UUUUAAACAACAGCGGCGGCUAUCAGACUUUUGCAUAGAGAACGCUCACAUCUGUCAUUCUACUUUUAAAAUAUCACUUUAAGACAACCAUACUAAACUGAAAUUCUUGGCCAUGUCGGAGUUUAAUACGAGAGAAACCGUCGCCAAGCUCGCAGAGGACGACCCUGAACUUGUAGAGCUGCUAAAGACAGAGGCAGCCCAAAAUCCUUUCCUCCAAGCGACUCUUGAGCAAGCCAUGGUUAUGUCAAGGCAGCACCACGUAGCGCCACCGCCCGAUACAGACACCGAGUUUGCCAUUACAGUGCACCUCCGCGACGGCCACGAGUCGAACAUUCGAAUUUUCAAGCCAGUCUCGGCAGACUCGAAGGAGACGGAUAGCAAGCCGCUUCUUGUGCUUAUCCACGGUGGCGCCUUUGUACUCGGCUCAAACACUGACAUCGCCCUGUUUGCGCGAGCCGCAGCGAGCCUGUACGAUGUCACUGUUGCAAGCCUUUCAUACCGUCUGGCGCCGGAGUUCAAAUUCCCUACGGCACCCAACGACAUCUGGGACAGCCUUGAAUGGCUCGCGUCGCCUGCCAACGCAUCGUCCCUCGGUGUAGACCUCAGCUUGGGCUUUGUUAUUGGCGGUGUCUCCGCCGGCGCCAACCUGGCGGCCGUCACGGCGCAGAGAUGGGUUAGCGAAACCAAGAACCCCGCUCUCACAGGCGUGUGGCUAUCGAUCCCGUACGUGCUGGAACCGGACGCUGUGCCGGCAGAAUACAAAGACUUGUGGUUUUCGAGGGAGCAAAACGCCGCCGCCCUCAUCAUCAACAGCGAUGGAAUUGCCUUUGCCAAAGCCUCGUAUGAGCCUGACGUGCAUUCGCCGGCCCUAUCUCCGUUCAAUGCCGAGAAUCCUCACAAGGGUCUUCCUCCAGUGUAUCUCCAGGUUUCCGGCCAGGAUCCUCUAAGAGACGACGGACUGAUUUACGAGAAGGCACUACGCGCUGCAGGUGUUGAGACUAAGUUGGACGUUUACCCGGGCGCGCCACACGGGCAUUUUUCAAUUUUUCCUAGCUUGAAGUCGUCUCAAAAGAGUAACCUGGACACAAUCAAGGGACUGGGGUGGCUGCUUCAGCAACAGGUAUCGGUUGAAGACAUUACAGCGGCGCUCGCCGCACAGGUAUAAUUCGCGUAGUUUUCAAUAGGAAGCAUCAAGAUAGGUAGAUAUAAACGCCUAAACGUCUGCAAAUCUAGACAAGUAUAGACCUAAAACAAGUAGGAAUCGAAAUCAUCGCAUUUUCGUACCAUUAUAAUCGGACGAGUUUCUACUGAAACUAAUUGCGAUCAUUAGACCGAUUAACAGAGCUAUACAAUCUGUCCUCCCUCAG